AUGAACGGAGGUCUUGUUCGUCGAGGAGAGCUCCUCCCAUACAAAGGCGACUUUUAUCUUUGGAGCUAUGUGCCUUCUAUACCAGCCGCCGUUAUUUUUAUCAUCCUCUUUCUUAUGCUCUCUGCCGCACAUACAUGGAAGAUGAUUCAUAAUCGUUUGUGGUUCUGCAUCCCCUUUGUGAUCGGUGGUUUUCUUGAGGUCAUUGGCUUCAUCGGUCGAGCCAUGGCUAACAAGGCAACGGACAAACUUGGGCCUUAUAUUAUCCAGUCCGUGUUUCUGCUUAUCCCGCCUUCCCUGUUCGCCGCCUCAAUCUACAUGACCCUUGGACGAAUCAUACGCGGCCUUGGUCCCAAGGGGGAGAGCUGCUCUAUUGUUCGAGUCAAGUGGCUUACCACUUUGUUCGUUGUCGGCGAUGUCUUCUCCUUCUUGGUCCAGAGCUCUGGAGCAGGCAUGAUGGCAGCUGGCGAUGACCCUACAAUGGGAGAGAACAUCGUUAUUGGCGGUCUUGUUAUCCAAGUCCUCUUCUUUGGUCUCUUCGUUGUCGCAGCAGUCAUUUUCCAGCUUCGCUAUCGCAAGAUCGGUAGUAACUGGAGAGCUGUUGGUUCAUCCAACACUGCCUCAGUCUUUGAUUGGGAAAGGAUGUUGAUGAUGCUGUAUGCAACCUCGGCCUUGAUCCUUAUCCGGUGCUUCUUCCGUAUCGUCGAGUACGUCAUGGGUGCCGAUGCUUACCCGCUCAAGAACGAAUGGACGCUGUACAUCUUCGACGCCCUACUUAUGGCCGCUGUUAUGGUCAUUUUCUACAUUUGGUAUCCCUCUCGCGUACAAGACUUCCAGGAACUUCAGAACAGAGAUAGUGCCGACCUCGCCUAUGUCACAUCUGAAGCGCAUCUCAGCAGGAGCUAG